AUGGAUAGAGAUCUCGAAAUAGCUGAUACAAAGCAAAGGAUUUUAAAUACGUUUAAAUACUAUACACAAGGACCUAGUGUGCCGAGUGACGGUAACUGUGGAUUGCAUGCAAUAUGUAAAGCGUUAGGUGAUGGAUUGUGCAUGGCAGGAAGAAAUAUCAAGCCGAACUCGUUAAUGCUCAAAAUAUGUUAUAUGUUCGGCCUGGAAAAUCUGCCAAACUACUGGUGGUCGGACGAGGAAUUAGCGGUAAUCGCUAAUGAUUAUGGAUACGACAUGUACAUAUACAACGAAACGGACUCGAACAGCAGCAUAGUGUUUGGCAAGGGCAUCCGACCACCACUGGUUUUGUACAGCAUAAACAACAACUCGCAUUGGAUACCAGGCAUGAGGACAACGGUACCGUCAAAAUGUAUACCAGAAAACUUCACCAUUGUCGAGAACAUAACCGAAGUGUUGACCAUAAGGCAAAUUAAGAUCAAAAUUAAAUUUCAUUUGAUGCAGUCCUUGAACCCCAGUGGAGGAUCUAUCGAAAGUUACAGUGGAAGGCGCUACGGAAGCCGAAGUAGUAGCAAUGGAAGACAAAGUAGUAGAAGACACAACGGAAGUCACAGUGGAGGACGUGGUGAAGGGCGAGAUGGAAGCCACCAUGGAAGAAAUAACGUGAGCAGCAAUAAAAAACGCGACGAAAGUCGCAGUGGAGAACGUGAUGGAGUACGAAUAAUUAUAGAACAAGAUGGACGCCGUCCACAAUUGGUAAAAGGCUUAUGGUUUAGUAGAAGUAAAGGAAGCCACAGUGCAGUCGAAAAAGGAAAGUCGCAAUGGAAGACAAAUAAUAAGCUACAGCGCAGGGGAAAUAAAAGCAAAAAAUGA